CGGGGGAAGCCGGCACCGGGCGAGCGCCGGGGCGGCGCAGCGGGGGGACGAUGACCACGGGCUCCGCGCUGCCGCCGCUGCCGCUACCGCUGCUGCUGCUGCUGCUGCUCGGGCUCUCGGGCGCGCUCCGGGCCCACCGUGAGGAUCUUACAGUCAGAGAGGCCUGUAAGGCUGGCUUCUCCGAAGAAGACUACACUGCGUUGAUCUCCCCGAAUGUCCUGGAAGGAGAGAAACUACUCAAAGUCAAAUUCAGCAGCUGCUUGGGCACCAAAGGGACACAGUAUGAGACCAACAGCUUGGACUUCAAAGUCGGGGCGGAUGGGACAGUCUUUGCCACUCGGGAGCUGAAGAUCCCCUCAGAGCAGGUGGCCUUUACCGUGACUGCACGGGAACGACAGACUGCUGAGCAAUGGGAUGCCAUGGUGCGACUGCUGGUAGCCCAGACUUCAUCCCCACACUUUGGACACAAGAAAGGGAAGACAGUGGCCCUGGACCCCUCUCAGCCCCCAAAGGAUACACUGCUGCCAUGGCCCCAACAUCAGAGCUCCAGCGGGCUGAGGAGGCAGAAGCGAGACUGGGUCAUCCCGCCCAUCAACGUGCCUGAGAACUCUCGUGGGCCCUUCCCCCAGCAGCUCGUCAGGAUCAGAUCUGACAAGGACAAUGACAUCCCCAUCCGGUACAGCAUCACAGGUGUGGGUGCCGACCAGCCCCCCAUGGAGGUCUUCAGCAUUGACUCCAUGACUGGCCGAAUGUAUGUCACUCGGCCCAUGGACCGGGAGGAGAGAGCCUCUUACCAUCUCCGAGCCCACGCAGUGGACAUGAACGGCAACAAGGUGGAGAAUCCUAUUGACCUGUACAUCUAUGUCAUUGACAUGAAUGACAACCGUCCGGAGUUCAUCAACCAGGUCUACAAUGGCUCUGUGGAUGAGGGCUCCAAGCCAGGUACAUACGUGAUGACUGUCACAGCCAACGAUGCUGACGACAGCACUACAGCCAACGGCAUGGUGAGGUAUCGGAUUGUCACCCAGACGCCCCAGAGCCCGUCCCAGAACAUGUUCACCAUCAACAGUGAAACAGGGGACAUCGUGACAGUGGCAGCAGGCCUGGACCGAGAGAAAGUCCAGCAGUACACUGUCAUUGUCCAGGCCACGGAUAUGGAAGGAAACCUUAACUACGGUCUCUCGAACACUGCCACCGCCAUCAUCUCGGUGACAGAUGUAAAUGACAACCCUCCAGAAUUCACCACCAGCACAUUUGCAGGAGAGGUUCCGGAAAACCGCGUGGAGACAGUAGUUGCCAACCUCACAGUAAUGGACCGAGAUCAGCCCCACUCACCCAACUGGAAUGCCGUCUACCGAAUAAUAAGUGGGGACCCCUCGGGGCACUUCAGUGUUCGCACAGACCCUGUCACCAAUGAGGGCAUGGUCACCGUGGUGAAGGCAGUGGACUACGAGCUGAACCGUGCCUUCAUGUUGACCGUAAUGGUGUCCAACCAGGCGCCCCUGGCCAGCGGGAUCCAAAUGUCCUUCCAGUCCACAGCGGGGGUGACCAUCUCUGUCACCGAUGUCAACGAGGCCCCCUACUUCCCCUCCAACCACAAACUGAUCCGCCUGGAAGAGGGUGUGCCUACCGGAACCGCACUCACCACAUUUUCCGCGGUGGACCCUGACCGGUUCAUGCAGCAAGCCGUGAGGUACUCGAAGCUGUCUGACCCUGCAAACUGGCUGCAUAUCAACACAUCCAAUGGGCAGAUCACCACAGCCGCAGUCCUGGACCGAGAGUCCCUCUACACCAAGAACAAUGUGUAUGAGGCCACCUUCCUGGCAGCUGACAAUGGGAUCCCCCCGGCCAGCGGCACUGGGACCCUGCAGAUCUACCUCAUUGACAUCAAUGAUAACGCGCCACAGCUGCUGCCCAAGGAGGCACAGAUCUGCGAGAGGCCCGGCUUCAACACCAUCAACAUCACCGCAGCCGAUGCUGAUAUGGACCCCAACAUCGGCCCCUACGUCUUUGAGUUGCCCUUCAUCCCCACCACAGUGAAGAAGAAUUGGACCAUCACCCGCCUGAACGGUGACUACGCCCAGCUCAGUUUGCGCAUUCUGUACCUGGAAGCUGGGGUGUAUGACGUCCCCAUCAUCGUCACGGACUCUGGCAACCCUCCCCUGUCCAACACGUCCAUCAUUAAAGUCAAGGUGUGCCCAUGUGAUGAGAAUGGUGACUGCACCACCAUUGGUGCCGUGGCUGCCGCUGGCCUGGGCACAGGUGCCAUUGUGGCUAUUCUCAUCUGCAUCGUGAUCCUGCUAACCAUGGUCCUGCUGUUCGUUGUGUGGAUGAAACGGAGGGAGAAGGAGCGACACACGAAGCAGCUGCUCAUCGACCCUGAGGACGAUGUGCGCGACAACAUCCUCAAGUAUGAUGAGGAAGGUGGUGGAGAGGAAGACCAGGACUAUGACCUCAGCCAGUUACAACAGCCGGAGGCCAUGGAGCAUGUGCUGAGCAAGGCCCCUGGUGUGCGGAGGGUGGAUGAACGGCCAGUAGGUGCUGAACCCCAGUACCCAGUCAGGCCUGUGGUGCCCCAUCCAGGUGACAUUGGAGACUUCAUCAAUGAGGGACUCCGGGCUGCUGACAAUGACCCCACCGCACCCCCCUAUGACUCCCUGCUAGUCUUCGACUACGAAGGCAGUGGCUCCACGGCAGGCUCUGUCAGCUCCCUCAACUCCUCGAGCUCCGGGGAUCAAGAUUACGACUACCUGAAUGACUGGGGGCCCCGGUUCAAGAAGCUGGCGGACAUGUAUGGGGGUGGUGAGGAGGAUUAGCCGACCUCACCUCUCCCACCAACAUGAGAAGGGCGCUCGAGGCCGAGCAGCGGAACUGAGCCGAGGCGCCAGUGCUGUCCUGGCGUCAAGAGGCCCCUCCCCGCUGCCAUCCCCGGGUGGAGCUGCACAGUGUGGAGCUGCGCAGUAUGGACUUAGGCCACCAGGCGCCCACCACCACUGCGGCAUCUCAGUAGCCACGUACCGCGAAGGGAGAGCCAGAGGCACAGCCCUAACUUGAAUAUCUUACAACAAAAGCACUGUUAAAUCAAAAACAAAGUGCCUUUUGGUACACGUGACAGAUUCCCUAACUCAGGAGUGACUGAAAGAGAGGAGACAGCCCGAGGCCCCCACCUCUGUCCACCCUGCCCCACAGCCCUUGGCCCCAUCUGGUACCUCCUGAAGGCAACAAGCCGGGGUGGGAGAGAAUAUGUCCUUUUUUUUUUUUUUUUAAUUCUUUUAUUAAGAAAAAAGAACGUGGGUGACUUAUUUGCAAAAAUAGAUGGAGUCCAGAUCUCAACAGCUUCUGUUGUGCACGGCCAGGGUCUCCUGGGCCCUUUGGGCUCCCCGAGGCUGUUAGGUGAGGAUUGGGUUUUCCACGCUGGGCUAGCCCAACCCCAUCAGCAGAGCCACUUCUGUGUGGACUGAGCUUUCACCUGAAUUUGUGCCCUGCCCCCAAGAUACUGUAAAUAGCUGAGACAGGUGUGAUGCCCCAGAGACCGUCCUCACCUCGACACUUGGCCACUGCCAUGCCCUCAACACCACCAGAAAGCCUCUCUCUGGACCAGCCGUCACCCCAAUACCACUGAGGUCCCCUUUUGCCUUGGUCCAGGACAGCGUGUUGUCCAAGAAGCCACAGUGUCCUGCAGAACCCUGACACAGCCCUCCACUCGUCAGAAGAGACCCUGAGGGAUCCUGUUGAAGGCCUAACAGUCACAAGCUCCCCUCAGCGGAACCCCUGAAUGCCCUCAGCACACUGCCCGGGCUGUGCAGAGGGCAGAGAGCAGAGCCUGGCCAGACUGGCAGCUGCUUGGCCCCUUGGGCCCAUUUAGCCCGAGCUCCUGCCUGGCCCCAUGAACUGCUAUGGAUGUCAGGACCUACCAAGGGGCCAGUGAGAGGUUCUCUGACUGUGCCCAUAUGACCACAGAUGGUCCGGCUUGGACCCAUGUUUCUGUUGUUCUCUGGAGCUGGUGUGGCACUUUCCAUGGGCAGCUUGACACAGGGCAGACGGGGCAGGGUGAGCACUUAUGUAGGACAGCAAUAGGAUGUGUCCAAGGACCUACAGGAAAUGGCAAAGCUGCCCUUAUCACUGGGGGGAAAAACAGGCCUAGGACAUUCACAUGUCUGGGCCCAAAGGAGCCCUGGGAUGGGGCAGAAGGGCAGGCACUGAAGGGGCAUCUGGUGCUGAGCCAUCUUCCUGGCUCACCCCAGGCAGUCCAACAUACUCCGAGAGAAAGGGGUUGAGAGUGAUGGUAGCUUGGGAGGUCUUGGUGGCUGAGACUUUUGGGGGAGACAGCAGAAGUGGCAGCACUGAUGAAAAACAAGUUCCUCCCAGAUCCCCAGUCCAUACCUACACUGCUGGGGCCAGAAGGGCUUUAAAAGGGCUGGGGUUCCCCAGGAGACAGCAUGCUCCCCAGCCAGAGGCCUCUAGUUCAUGGCUCCUCUUGGCCUCCGGCUUUACCCGAUGGCUAGGUUCAUUCCCUUCUCCACACUGCUUUGGCCUCAGAAGACACACCUGAGUGAACUCAUGGGUGCCAAACUUGUGGGCAUGACCCAUUGGAUGUCAGGGUUCUUUCCCAAACCAAACCUGCCCCCACCUCUGAACUCCUGGACCUGAGCUGGGCUACAAGCUCAGCUGUGUCCAUUCUUACUCCUCAUAUGGCUGCCCAGGAGGUGGGAUGGACAAGGGGCCUUUGUAGCUUCCUGGGAGCCCCCCUCCCUACAGCCAGCCAGGCCAGUGGAGCUCGUGGAGAAGCUGUCCUAUGCAAAAUUGCUUGGGGUCGGCAACCAGUGAGGGUGGUACUGAGCUUGUCGUGGCUACUGGUGGGAUUGCUGUGGGCCAGGGCUUGGGGAAUGAGAAGAAUUUUCUGGGUUUGAUUUUGAAAAACCCAAGAAUCACAAAUGCUCUAUCGGAAAGCUGUGUUUGAUUGGGAGACAGUGGCUAAGAACUCUCCUAAAAUCCCAAGGCUUUUUUGGAAUCCUGGGAUGGGAGGUGCCAAAUCCAUCAGCUACCUGGAGGAAUGUCUCACCUGCCUCCACCUCCUCCAAUCCCCAUCCCCAAGGCCUCUGUCACUGCCAGGCCCCUGCAGGAACAUCCAUGGGGUUCCCCAAAAGCUGGACAGCUUGUCCCUUCACCCCACACCCCAGUCAGCCCCCAGGGCUAGAGAAAGAUAGGGUUCCACACACCCCCGGAACCAUCUUGGAACUCUGUUCCCAGGCCAACAAGUUAGCAUUAGCCAAGCAUACAGUCAGUGUCAAAUGUUUCUCUCCUGUAGCUUGUAGAUACGACGCGUCUAUGGUCAGGGCCCAGCCAACCUAGGCUGGUGGCCAGCUCUGUGCAGUACGAGGGUGAGGUUUAGUUCCUUUAGGGAGAAGCCCGCACUGCUGAGUGGCUUGGAAGAAUACCUGGCCAUGGUCAGCCUCGGCCACACCUGACUCCCGGCCAGCCGUUUUCUUCUCAUGUCUUUCAGCACAUCCAAAAUGCCAGGCCUCCUGCCACCAAAGUGUCAGAGUAAUGUCCAAUUAUCAGGCCCUCAGAGAUGCCUCGGUUUCCCCCAGAGUGAGUGCGUGGUACAUUGAGACGACACCUCUGUGCUCUCCAAGGUAAACAGGAGAGGGAUGUCUCCAUUUCCGCCCAAACUCAAAGGCAAAACCAAAAACUCGAAGCAGAAUCACCCUGCCCAGGGCACCCUGUGUGGUAGCUCAGACACCUCGUACCAAGCAGGCUCUGCCACACCAGCCGGCCGGUGGAAAUCACCUCCGUAUACACCGGGGACGCAUCUUGCUUUUCCUUCCUCUCCUUUUUUUCCAUUCUGAUUUAUUUUUUGCAUGUUUAUUUUUGAAAAUGGACAAAUGUGUAGCAGCCCGCAUGACCGUGGUUGUUUUGGGAAAGAUACCGGAGUAUGAUGCGUUCGCACUGCAGCCCUGAGCGUCAUGCGGUGAGACAGAUGUUCCAACUUUUUUUGUAAUCGUCAACAGCACAAAUAUUUUGUAUUGUCGUUUGUAUCAUUUUGUACCGAAAAAAAAAAAAGGAAAAAAAAAUGGGAAGAGAGUUGAUGUUUUCAAUGUGUUUUUAGUGCCAGGCAGCCUUGGUUCCGAAGGGAACAGCAGCUUUGCAGAAUUGUCGUGUCCUGGAGUGGAGUUGGGCGUUAGCACGCUGCUCCAAAGGAGUAAAUAAAGUCCCCUUUUAAG